AUGGCUACUGCAAUUAUGGUACAUGAGCAUCCUUUUAACAUUGUUGAGGAUGAGGUUUGGAUGUGGGGCUUUCAGUAUGCAAAUUCUGAAUUUCAAAAGAUUUCUCGCAAGACGGCAAGAAGUGAUUGUUUGGCCAUAUAUGAGGCAGAAAAGAAACAGUUGAAGGCUUUAUUACAAGGUGUAAGCAAGAUUAGUUUGACCACUGAUAUGUGGAAAUCAGCUCACCAAGUAGCUGAAUACAUGGUUAUCACUGGGCAUUUCAUAGAUGCAGGGUGGAAUCUGCAAAAGAGGGUUUUGAGUUUUGUGAAAGUUCCUGCUCCUAGACGGGGAAUUGACAUGGCAGAUGCUAUUUUCAAGUGUUUGAAGGCUUGGGGGAUUGAAAACAAAGUAUUUUCUGUUUCAGUUGACAAUGCGUCUUACAAUGAUUCUUGUUUGAGGGCUCUUAAAGAUACCUUAUCACUUAGUAGUUCAUUGCCUCUUGGUGGUAGUUUGUUUCAUAUUAGAUGUUGUGCACACAUACUAAACUUGUUGGUGCAAGAUGGCCUUGGUAGAAUUAGGGACAUUAUACAUAAUGUUCGUGAGAGUGUGAAAUAUAUUAAUUAUAAUGAUUCAAGGCUGAAAGCAUUUUGUGAUGUUGUGGAGCAGAAACGGUUGAAGGAAAAGAAGCUCAUCAUUGAUUGUCCAACAAGAUGGAAUUCUACAUAUAAGAUGUUGUCUACUGCUUUGAAGUUCAAGGUUGUCUUUCCUGCUUAUAAAGAAAGAGAGCCACAUUACAACUAUGCACCAUCAGAAGAGGAUUGGAAUAAGGUUGAGAAGAUUUGUAAACUUUUAGAAGUGUUUAAUCUAGCAACUCAUGUCAUCUCAGGUAGUGAUUAUCCUACUGCAAAUUUGUACCUUCCUGAAGUUUGGAGAGUGAAACAAGUAAUUGAUAAUGCCACAGAAGAUGGUGAUUUCUUCAUUAGAGAAAUGGCAUCCUCAAUGAAAGAAAAGUUUGACAAAUAUUGGGGGGAAUGUAAUAUGGUAAUGGCCAUUGCAAGUGUUCUAGAUCCCAGGUGCAAAUUAUAUGUUGUCAAUUAUUGUUUCCCUCUAAUUUAUAAACCUGAUUAUGUGGCUUUAGAGAAUGUGGAUAAAGUGGUGAGUGCUUUGAAAACAAUGUAUGAUGAGUAUGUUGGCUUGUAUAAGGAAGAGACAACUAUGGGUAAUGAGCUUGUUAAUGCUAGCAACAACUUUCCUGUUAAUGUUUCUGGUUCUUCCAUAGUUACUGGAUUCGACCAAAUCAUGAGCAUUGUUCGUGAAAAGCAAGCAAUUCCCCCCAUGAAAUCAGAAUUGGAAGCUUACCUUGAGGAGGGUGUUUACAUUCCUGAGGGUAGUUCUAACUCAUUCAGCGCCUUAGAGUGGUGGAAAAAUAAUAGUCUAAAGUAUAAGAUUUUGUCUAAGAUGGCGGCUGAUGUAUUAGCUAUUCCAAUUUCAACAGUGGCAUCAGAGUCCACAUUCAGUGCUGGUGGUAGAGUUAUUGAUGAAUAUCGUUCUAAAUUAAAUGAACAAUCAAUUGAAGCACUUAUUUGUGGUGGGGAUUGGCUUCGCAAUAAGUAUGGUUUGAAAAAGAAACCAAAGGUGUUUGAACAAGAAGAAGAAAUUGUGUUGAAGAUUUAAUGCUUUGUAGUUGGAUGAUUUGUUGUAAUUGUAACAAGAACAAUUGUGUUAAUUUGGUUAUUUCAUAUUUCUUGUUUGUAUUUUGGAUAAUUUGGAUUAAGUUAUUGUAAUU